AUGGAUUUUUUCGAUUAUGUGCUGAAUUUGGAAGAACAGUUUUAUCAAGAAGGCUAUCAGGAAGGUCGACACGAAAACCUGGCUCAUAACCUCAUUGAGGGCAAGCAGUAUGGUCUUCAAGUGGGCUUUCAACGUUUUAUUCUUAUAGGGUUGGUUCAAGGUUGCUGCAGUGUCCUUAAGACGUUGGAAUUGAACGCUUCAAUCGACAAAAAUAUAGACUUGAUAGUUGGUCUUAUUAGUGAGAUUCCUGGCGAUAAUGAAGAUGUCAGCGUGCUAACAUAUGAGCGUAACUUGGUGAAGCUUAAAAACAAGUUUAGAGUGCUCCUUAUGGCGCUCAGUAAACACUGGAAACAUCUAGCUCCAGACUCUGGCGACAGACUGACAUUCGAAGCGGUUGAAAAAAUGUCAAAAAUCGUUGCUGGCGAACUGAAUGCGUUUGCUGAAGAAACAGAUGCAGAAUCCACCCCACAGCCGCAGGCCGAUAUGUGGUAA